UCAAGUGUCGUACCUCGUAGCUCCAGCGAGUCAUAGCGCACAGCCUAGCUAUCAGUUCGGUCAUAGAGAAUCUCGCAACCAGGGCAGUCAUUGUGCACGCGUCUGGGGCAAGCGGGCGUGCAGCGUUCGAAAAGACGAACCGGAGAAUGAGGGUAGAGCGCAAAAGCACGUCUCCAGAACCGACUUUCCUAGAAAUGUGCUUCUCGUAGGUUGCCCCGCCAAUAAAGGGGCGAUAUCUGCUCCAGGAACUCAUAGGAAAAUGAAACGGCUUUCUCGAAAACUGACUUUGGCUCUGGUGGUGCUUUGUUGGACUGCUGCACUACUGUAUUUGAUACUCCUAAGUAGGCAGCAAGUAUCAGACCUGGGCACCAAAGACGCACAGUACAGACAGAUCUCGGAGGCAGAAUGGGACGACCUCCUGGAAGAGUUUGAAGAGAAGAACUACCUCAACGCCAGGCGAUGGAAACCAGGACAGGACCCUUACAAACUGUAUGCCUUCAACCAAAGAGAGAGUGAGAGGAUACCCAGCAACAGAGUUCUCAGAGACACACGACAUUACAGAUGCACCACAUUGCAUUAUAACCCAGAUCUGCCCUCCACCUCCAUCGUCAUCACUUUCCACAACGAGGCCCGCUCCACUCUGCUACGGACCAUCAGGAGUGUGCUGAACAGGACGCCAGUCCACCUGAUUCACGAGAUCAUCCUGGUAGAUGACUACAGUGGGGAUGCAAAUGACUGCCUUCUACUCACCAAGUUGCCCAAAGUAAAGUGUCUUCGGAAUGACAGGAGAGAAGGUCUGAUCCGCUCCAGGGUACGUGGGGCAGAUGCAGCGAAGGCUGGGGUCCUGACCUUCCUGGACAGUCACUGUGAGGUCAACAAGGACUGGCUGCCCCCACUGCUCCGGAGGAUCAAGGAGGACCCGACCUGUGUGGUGAGCCCAGUGAUUGACAUCAUCAACAUGGAUACCUUCGCCUACGUAGCAGCCUCCUCUGACCUCCGUGGAGGCUUCGACUGGAGUCUACAUUUCAAGUGGGAGCAGUUGUCUGCUGAGCAGAAAGCCAGGAGAGCUGACCCCACCGAACCCAUUAAGACUCCCAUCAUUGCCGGAGGGCUGUUUGUGAUUGACAAGUCGUGGUUCAACCACCUGGGGAAGUAUGACACAGCCAUGGACAUCUGGGGCGGGGAGAACUUUGAGAUCUCGUUCCGGGUGUGGAUGUGUGGAGGGAGCCUAGAGAUUAUCCCCUGCAGCAGGGUCGGCCACGUCUUCCGCAAGAAACACCCCUACAUCUUCCCUGAGGGCAACGCCAACACCUACAUCAAGAACACCAGACGGACGGCGGAGGUGUGGAUGGAUGAGUUCAAGCUCUUCUACUACUCUGCUCGCCCUGCAGCACGGGGCAAGUCCUACGGAGACAUUCAUAGCAGGGAAGAGCUCCGUAAGAGUCUGAAGUGCAAAUCCUUCAAGUGGUAUCUGGACAACGUCUACCCAGAGCUCAAAGUGCCAGAUGAUUCGGACUCUAAGUCAGGGGUGAUUCGUCAAAGACAGAAUUGUCUGGAGUCCCGUAGGGUGGAGGGACAGAACCUCUCCUCUCUCACACUAGCACCCUGCAUCGGAACAAAAGCUGUGCCAGCACUCAACCAGGAGUGGAUUUACACCCACGGGCAGCAGAUCCGUCAGCAGCAGCACUGCCUCUCUCUCUCCACCACCUUCCCUGCCUCCCAGGUCAUGCUCAUGCCCUGCAACAUCAGCGACGGGAAACAACGAUGGCAGAAGUCAGGCACCCACCUGGAGCACCUGGUCUCCCACUUCUGCCUGGACAGUGAGAUGGCCCUGGAAGGCAUCGAGAGCAGCAAGAUGCUGGUGAUCAGCCCCUGUGAACUGACAGCCUACACCCAGAGAUGGGAGAUGCCCUUCUCAUGAUCCAUCCACAACACAAGCCUUCCUGUAGAGGAGGACUACACUACGAGCACUCACGACCUACUGCAGUACUUACUGUAGCCAAGAGCUUUUAGAAAGAGAUGGAGGAGGUUGGACACUGGCGUAAAGGGUAUUUUUGGUCACUGAGAUUAGUCUUUAUAAGAUGGCAUGGACUUGGACUGACGUCAGCACAUGCAAUUGUUCAACAAGACACUCAGCAGCAGUGGUGGAAAAUGUACUCAAUUGUCAUACUUCAGUAAAAGUAAAGAAGAAAGAGAAAAUGACUCAAAUAAAAGUGAAAGUCACCCAGUAAAAUAC